AGUGAUUCAAUGGAGCAAGCUGCAGCAGGUUGGUGGAGAAAAGGGCCAUGGACUCCUCAAGAAGACCAGCUUCUCUUUCAGUAUGUCUCUCAGCAUGGUGAAGGCAGAUGGAGCUCUGUCUCUAAGUGCACAGGUUUGAGAAGGAGUGGGAAGAGCUGCAGGCUGAGGUGGGUGAAUUACUUGAGGCCUGGCCUUAAAAAGGGACACUUAACACCACAGGAAGAAGGGAUCAUUAUUGAACUUCAUGCCCUUUGGGGAAACAAAUGGUCUACAAUAGCAAGAUACUUACCUGGACGAACGGACAAUGAGAUCAAGAACUAUUGGAGGACUCAUUUCAAGACAAGAAACCCAUUGACUGCGAAACAACAAAAGCGCAAUAUUAUCAAGCAACAGCAAAGUGAGCAUAUGCAUACCAAUAGUAGUGGUAGUGAAUCCUCGGCUCACGAGAAGAAAGAUGAAGAGAUGAGCAUCAUCGAUCAGUUAUUGAUGGAGGAAAGUGCAUUGUCGUCCGAUUUUGUGCCAUUGGAUUGUUACUUGUGGGGUGGAUUGUGGAACUUGGAUGCUGAAAAUGAUCAUCUUCCAAAUAUACCGCCGGAAAAUUAUCAUCCUUUUGAUGGCGAUGCAGUUGAUUAUUUUCUGCUUUAA